UACUAUAAAAGCAACCCAAACAAAAGGUCUCAGAGACAUUGGGAAAAGUGUUUCCCACAAGAAUUCAUUAUAAACUAGAAAGGUUUUACAUCCUACAAAAUCAGUCACGCAGGAUGGCGUCGGAAAAAAACUGGGUAUAUGUAUUAAUUGGUGCUUGUCUCCUUUUAAGCCUAGUCUCUUAUACAACUGGAAAAUCGGCAACUGAUGACAACCUGGCGCAAACUUCUAUAAGAAAGGCAAGAUCAGCUCUGCCGCAAUAUCCGAAGCAGUAUCCACCGAAUCAUCUGCCAAAGUAUCCAAGGUAUCCUCCUGAUGAUGACGAAAUAAUGCCGCAUCACGAUCCACCACAAAUGGAAGUAGUUUUAAAUUCACAGCCUAUAAAAGUACGCGAGAAGGCCGGUCAAGAACCACAACAUAUAAUGGCCAAUAUACCUUCGUACUAACUGUAAAUAAAUGAACAGUGUUUUCACCAACUUAAUUUUGAAAGAGCGACAAAUUGGAUAUCAAACAAUGGAAUUUUUGCAAAACCGCAAGAAAUUUAUUAAAGCUUAAACAUCUAUGAAUGUUACAUAUAUGUAAUUUAACAUGUAAAUAUAUUUUGGGAUUUGGAAAAAUUAAUAAAUCAUUACAUAAAGCAAUA